AUGAAUAUCGAGGGUAAAGUUAUUAUAAUUACUGGUGGCAUGGGUGGAAUGGGAUACGAAACAGCUAAAGCUUUAUUGAAAAAUGGCGCUAAAUUUAUAGCUAUUUUUGACUUACCUGGUUCUGCCGAUGAAAUUGAUUCAAGUUCCAAGGGUCUUUUUGCUACUGAACGUGCGAAAUUUUUCCCAGGAGAUAUCUCAAUUGAUUUCACACUGAAAAGUAACUUUGAUCGAGUCGUCAACGAUCAAGGCUGCGUCGACAUCGUUAUAAAUAACGCUGGUAUCGUCAACGAGCAAAAUAUCCAGCGCUUAGUCGAUCUAAACGUCAAGGCAGUAUUGAGUUGUAGUUUAUUGGCUCUGACGCAUAUGGGUAAGCAUAAAGGUGGCCGCGGUGGACUGAUCGUCAACGUGAACGCCAUCCUCGGCCUCACUGAUUGCCCGCUAUUGCCGUUUUAUAGCGCCACAAAACACGCUAUCAUCGGCUUCACCAGAUGCAUGAAGGAUAACUUCAAUAGCACCGGAGUACGUGUCGUUUCAAUCUGUCCUGGAGUAACGAAAACUAAUCUCAUCAGAAAAUUGCCUGAAAAUCUUUGUGACUUCAUCUCGGAUACUAUCAAAGAAAAGGUUCUUACAGAGGUUCCAGUACAAUCGCCAACUAGCGUGGCUGAUGCAAUUGUAGAAAUUAUCAAGAAAGGCGAGAGUGGAGCUGUAUGGGUUGUGGAAAAUGAUAAAAAGCCAUACGCGAUAAAGCCAGUCGAUCACUACGUCAAUAUGAGCUAUCCAAUUUAA